AUGGCCCCCGAUCGGGGUGUUUGGGUUUCUGAGAAGGGAGACGAAAAAGGGGAGGAAAUAGUUUUCGAGGACAUCGUUUCGGAUUUGUUGGGUUUGAUCGUUCGUUCCUUCGGCCAUCAUAAAACAGUGGUGGACGGACUUUAUCACGAGUACAAAAAGUGGGGGAAGAUCGAACUGGUGCGCAUGAUCCCGGCGCCGAACAGUCCGUCGGAGCGACUCGCUGUCGUCAGCUUCAAAAAGGAAAAUUGCCUUAUAAGAAAUGAGGUACGGUUCGGAAUGGGAGAUAACCCGGAAACGCUGCGAGAUUCGAAAUAUUGUACGUUAGAUGUAUGA